AGAACCGGUAGAACAAAAUGGCAACAGAGGGGCAAGUUAUUAAAUGUAAAGCCGCCGUCGCUUGGGAGGCCAAAAAACCUUUGGUUAUUGAAGAAAUCGAAGUGGCUCCACCCAAGGCACAUGAAGUUCGCAUCAAGAUAACAGCCACCGGUGUUUGUCACACCGAUGCCUAUACAUUGGGUGGUUUCGAUCCCGAAGGUGUAUUUCCCGUUAUUUUGGGUCAUGAAGGUGCCGGCAUUGUCGAAAGUGUUGGUGAAGGUGUAACCAAAUUCAAGGUGGGCGAUCAUGUCAUACCCACAUACAUUCCACAAUGUGAUGAAUGCAAAUUCUGCAAGAGUACGAAGACGAAUUUGUGCCAAAAGAUUCGUGUUACCCAGGGUAAAGGUGUAAUGCCUGAUGGUACAUCCCGUUUCACCUGUAAGGGUAAGACACUUUAUCAUUUCAUGGGUACAUCGACAUUCUCGGAAUACACAGUGGUGGCUGAUAUUUCAUUGGCUAAG